CGGCGUUAGCUCCAGCAUGCCUCGGCCGCUGCUGGCAGUGGCCGCCAUGGUGCUCGUGCUGGCCGCCGCUGGCGCCCAUGGCUUCGAGAUCGAGGAGGCGACCUUGGCCAGCAUCCAGCUCGGCUUCAACAACGGCAGCCUCACCUCCGUGGAGCUCGUCCGCUUCUACCUGGACCGCAUCCGCGGCCUCAACCCGCUCCUCCGCGCCGUCAUCGAGGUCAACCCGGACGCGCUCCGGCAGGCCGCGCGCGCCGACGCAGAGCGCCGCUCCUCUUCCUCCGGCAAGUGCGUGACCGCCGGCGGGCCGCUGCACGGCGUGCCCGUCCUGCUCAAGGACAACAUCGCCACCCGCGACGCGCUCAACACGACCGCCGGGUCCUUCGCUCUCCUCGGCUCCGUGGCCAGGCGGGACGCCGGCGUGGUGCGUCGGCUGCGGCGCGCGGGCGCCGUGGUGCUCGGCAAGGCCAACAUGGACGAGUGGGCCAACUUCCGCAGCCUCGCCGGCACCGACGGCUGGAGCGCGCGCGGCGGCCAGGCCCGGAACCCGUACGUGCUGUCGGCGAGCCCGUGUGGGUCGAGCACGGGGUCGGCGAUCGCGGCGGCGGCGAGCAUGGCGGCGGUGACGCUGGGGACGGAGACGGACGGCUCGAUACUCUGCCCGGCGUCGCUGAACUCGGUGGUGGGGAUCAAGCCCACUCUGGGGUUGACCAGCCGGGCCGGGGUCGUCCCCAUCACACCACGCCAAGAUACCGUCGGGCCGAUUUGCCGCACAGUGACGGAUGUGGUGCACGUGCUGGACGCCAUCGUCGGCUAUGAUGCCCUCGAUGCAGCAGCCACGAGCACAGCUUCCAAGUACAUCCCCGAUGGCGGAUACACGCAGUUCUUGAAGAAAGACGGACUAAACGGGAAGAGGAUCGGCAUCCCCAAUGGGUUCUUCAACUACGCAAAUGGGACCGUGCAGCACACUGUUUACCAGCAACAUAUAGACACAAUGAGGAAACAAGGAGCAAUAGUGGUCGAGGACCUUGACAUAGCGAAUCUAAGUGUCAUAUUGGAUUCCCUUAACAACGGCCAAGAGAUUGCAUUAGCAGCAGAGUUCAAGUUAAGCCUCAACGCAUAUCUGUCGGGCUUAUCCUACUCUCCGGUUCGAACGCUUGCAGAGAUCAUAGCUUUCAACGAUGCACAUCCCGUUGAGGAAAAGAUGAAGGAAAUUGGGCAGAUCAUCUUCCUGGUGGCCGAGAACACGACCGGCAUUGGUGCCGUUGAGAGAGCGGCGGUCAGUCAGCUGAACAAGCUGUCCGCCGACGGGCUAGAGAAGCUGAUGAGGGAGCAUAAGCUGGACGCGAUCGUGACGCCCAACAGCGCCGCGUCCCCUGUGCUUGCCAUAGGUGGCAUGCCCGGCAUCACCGUGCCCGCCGGGUACGGCGCGAUGGGGGUGCCGUUUGGUCUCAGCUUUGGCGGGCUGAAGGGGUACGAGCCAAGGCUGAUCGAGAUGUCGUAUGCGUUUGAGCAGGUUACCACGGUCAGGAAAACCCCCACGUUCUUGCCAUAGAACAGACAAGAGAAAGGUGGUGUUGGGAUUUACUUUGUUUUGCUUCAGAGUAUUUAUGUAUGUCCAUGUAUAGUGUAAUCAUCUUCCGCAAAUUAGUUGACAAACAUUUAGAUGCUUUUGGGUCCAUCGCCUCCACCUCCU